ACAGCUAAUUUAAAUUGAAAAAAAAAGGAUUCUGGACAUUCUGGAUUCUGAAAAAGGACAGGAUUCUGUCAUGAUGUCUCUACUCAUCUUAGUCGUGUUGCUGGCCUACAUUCCCGUCGCUCCCCAGGCAGAGUUACAAUGCGGCUGUCGGACUCACAGAAGCACAGCUUUAUGGAAUAUGAAAAGACAUGCGGAUUGUUCGCAAUGUUCAGCGAAUUUUACAUGCCUGGCUCAGCUGGGUCUAAGCUCGUUGGAUCUGUCACACACAGGAUUGCAAAAAGUACCUGAUCUCAACGAUCCUGGAUUUCGGAUGAUCGAGGAGCUCAACCUAUCUGGAAAUGAGAUAACCCAGUUGGCUAACUGGAAAUUCGGAUCGAUGGAGAAAUUGGAUUUCGUGAAUAUGAGUUGCAACAAUUUGACGAGUCUGCCAAACAAAGAGCCUCUUUGCAUCAAAAUCGACUUGAGCUACAACCUAUUGGAAAAGAUGACUGAUCUCGUGCCCUUAGUGAAGACGAAGGCAAUUUUGAAUGGCAACUCCUGGCGGUGCAUGUGCAACAAUAGUCUUGUGAAACACAUGUACAAAGUGUUUCCCAGUUUCCUGGACAACAACAUUGUGUGCAAGAAGGACGACUUCGAUAAACUACAACCAUUUGCGAUGCAGUGUCAUGAGAUAAUUAAUGAUAAUCAUGAGAAUUCGGGUCGUAAAAGUUUCUAUAUUGGAUGUAUCAUACUUUUUGUUUCGGUUGCUCUAUUUUUUGUUUGCUUCCUAAAAAAAUUUGUGCUUUUUAGAUGA